AUGGCAUCAGCACUCUACCGAUUCCUUCUUCAAGACGGACUCACCUCACCCGUUUCCUCAUUCGCAACCCUCAACCAGAUCUACUUUGCCCUCGCAACGACCUCCGUCCUCGCCGCCGCUACUCUACCCUUUUUACGCGCUUCCGUCCUCUCCUACGGCAAACUGGAUUCUACCCCCUCUGCCUCAUCCACAAAAUCAACCACGAAGAACCCUUCAACCCCUCACGGCAAUUGGAUCAAGACCAUCAAGAGUUUACAAGUCCCAAAAGUCUGGUUCUCUCACUUCUAUGUUUAUGCUACCUUCUGGAUGCUCUACUGCACCUUUGAUCUCUGGGUUUACUCCUCCCCGGCCGUCGUCUUCCCCCCAACCUCAAUCUCAUAUUCAACAAAAACUACAGUUAUCCGAAGCAUGCCUGCCAUCCUGACCUCCACGCGCCACUAUUGGAGUCUCUUGACCUUGCUCAACUACCUCGGGAUCAUGCCAGCGCACAUCCCUCCCUUCGCUUCGGCACACCACUCAGCAACGACAACAAACGAACCAUUCAUCGUUCAAGCAUGGACCCCUCCACCUCACGUCUUGCUCACCAUGGCCUGUUAUUUCCUUCAAGUCAUCCGUCGCUGGUACGAGUCCUGGUUUGUCGAGCGACCUUCCGUCGCGGCUAAGAUUCAUGUCACACACUACAUUGUCGGGAUUACUUUCUACUCUGCGAUGGCUCCCUCUACAUGGAUCGACGCUUACGAGGCUUGGAUCGAACAGGGUGCAGCAACUGGCCCAGCAGGGAGCAUCACAGCAACAUCGGCAGUGCCUCCACAAGAUUCGAUGCUCUUUGGACUCAAUGGGCAGUGUCUUCUCGGAUUGAUGGUGUUCGUCUGGGCAAGCUGGCACCAAUAUAACUGCCACGUCAUCCUCGCCAAUCUUCGCCCUAAACCUGUGAGGAAAGAAGACAACCCCAAGAGUCAGGAUUACAAGAUUCCCUUUGGAGACUGGUUCCAAUAUAUGGUGGCACCCCAUUACUCGGCCGAGAUGUUGAUCUACCUGAGUUUGUACCUCAUGGCAUCAUCGUCGCCCUUGACCGCCAACUCUUCGACAGCGCCGACAUUGUUGUGUGCCUGGGGAUGGGUGGUUGUUAACUUGGGCAUUGUUGCAAGGGAGACAGAUCAGUGGUACAGAACCCGCUUUGGAGACCGGUAUGCUGCCAUUGGAUCUCCUGUUGGCGCAGCAAAGGCCUCUCGAUCAGGACGAGGUGCAAGGCGAUACAUCCUGAUUCCCUUUGUCUACUGA